CGAUGAAGGCCGCUUGUCUUACUGAACCGACGAAAGUUAGCUUUUCUGCGAGGAUGUCACUUCUCGCCGCGGGUGCACAGUGAAGUCUGCCUUCAAAAGCAGCUUUUCAAAUAAAAGUGCCGUCUGUCGAAUUGUGUUAUCACAGAUCGAUUCGACAAGUGACCAAGUGAAUAACGUGAUCUGCAAUGUCCGGAAAAAUAGGGAAAACGAAAUCGAAGGAAAAAAAGUGCAAGGUAAUACUAAGAACGUCACUAGACAAGCAAGACAUUCGCCGCUUCCAGCAAUUACUUCGCAACACUAUCAGCGCUUCAUCAGAGCUGUAUGAUCCCAAGGACGUGGAUGUGUUGGUAGAGGACGAGGUAAUAUGUGAGAAAUUUUUACGACGCAGUGAGGCUUGCGUCGAGAAUGCGUUAGAUUACGCGAUUCAAAGUUUCCGUUGGAGGAAAACCUUUGGAGUAUCAGCUAUCGAUGCCAGUGGUGUAAGCCAACUAGCGUUGGAUUCGGGCGUAAUGUACUUCCACGGAUUUUCCAUCGGUGAUGCCUUUAUUCUUAUCUUCCGAGCGGACCUCAUUCUUGAACCGUUCGAUAGUCAAGAGGAGACUCUGUGUCAUCGAUAUCUAGUGAUGUUUUUGGAAGAAGCAGUUAUAAGACGUAAGGGCAAUGUUACACUGCUCUUUGAUUGCACAAAGGCCAGGAAAGAGAAUCUGUCUUUGCAUUCUACGAUCAACCAGCAUAUGGGCUACGUAAAGUUCCUGAUAAAGCUUUUCAAAAGCUACUAUCCUGAUUGUCUGGACUUUGUCCUCAUCUAUGAGUUACCAGUUAUAUUACAUGCGUGCUGGAAAAUUGUCAGCCGUCUGGUACCAGCAAACGGCAUUGAUCGAAUCAAGUUUGUCGACAAAAAGUCGCUUAGGAAAUACAUUGACGAAAACAACUUACCACGUUCAAUGGGAGGACAAAGCGACUAUGUCUACCAACAUGACAAAAACUCAUCCGCGCUGCCUGGAUGGCUGAAGACUCUUCACUAAGCGUUCUACGGUUUAAGUCGAAUAUUCUUAGUGAAACUUUAUAUAGACAAAUUCAAAACUAAAGGCUUUGUGGAUAUCAUUAUAACCGCCAACAUUGUUUUUAUUUUGUUACAACUGAGCUUCCUAACGUUUAACUGAGAAAAAGACUCCGUCAGCUAUUCUUCAGCUACCGUAACAGUGGCAAGAAAUUAUAGUGCUUAUUUGUACGUUUAUGUUACGGAUUUAGAUAUUUAUCGAAACGUAAGUACAAAAUAUGUAAGUGCAUAUACCUUUAAAGUUUGGUUAAAUAUGGAGUGGGUAGUUUUCAUAUCUACUACAGGCAUGCAACGGCAUUUGGAAAAACGGGAGAUCAGCGACUUGCAUGGUAGCCUGUGCUGGGAUUUGUAUUCUCUUGCAGCGCCAAAUCUGCACUAUUUUCAUGCGAAAAACCACAUUUUUUUAACUGAUCCUAACAACACAAUGUGAGCAUUCGGCCCAUUUGAGCCCUUUUAUCGAGCAAAUCAAAAGACGAGGCACGCUGAUAUGCGAUCCCAGAAUGUAUUUAGUAGAACUUCACUUAACAUGGUCUAGGCAAAGAACCUCCCCUCAAUAAAAUGUUAUUGCUUUCUUUUUUCAUGCAGCGUUCAGUAUGGCUAGGAUUCGACAAAAAAGAAAUUAAUCCUACUAAACUAUACUAGGCAAUGCCCAGCUUGUGUAUAUCAAAUUGCAGUCACUUCUGCCGGGUCGGUGGUUGCCGCUGAAAGGGGUAGUUUGCUAAGAUUGUUUCCCUGCGUUAAUCCGAUCGGUUAGUUAACGAGUUUUACUUUGAAAAAUGUCAUCGUUAAUCGCUACUUGGUUCUUUUGGCGUAUAUUUUUAAGUAAACUCAAUGUGAUGGGCAGUACGCACGUGUUUGGGCCAGUUCAAAGUGAGAGAGAGACACAUUGGAAAACUGACAGCACAUAGACUAAGAUAGGCAUAAGAACUAAAAUCUAUCGGGCUCUGGCAUAGGUGGUUAAAAAGUUUCCUAUAUAGAAAACUAAUUAAAAUUAGCUUCACAUUCUACAGGACUAAAUGAGAAAAGUAGUAAAAGGAGCAGGAAACUGACUCAUUUUAACAAUGAAAUAUAUUAAAUUUCUAAGAAGAUUCUAAGACUCUAAGAAAAAAGAUUCCCCCAGAGGUGAGAACGAAAAAUGUUUACACAGGAAGAACA